GCUUUGAGCAGCAGUUUUUAGCCGCCGCCUCAGUCCUGCUCCGAGCUGUUAGGCUGGUGCUUCACUCGGGGAAACACGGCGUCGGUUGUGUCGCUGUAGGUGUCUUUUAUAUUGGUUUCGUAACACGUGCAGGAACUGUUCGUCUGUGGUCGUUAAUGUAACCUGUACAUCCUCGACUUCAAGAUCAAGAAGUGCAUGUGCUCAGCUGACAGGGCUGCAGGCGCCAUGUGGCGCCCCUGGGGGUCGCACUGCUGGCUGGUGGCAGCACUGCUGUUCGCGGGGAUACAGCGCAGCCUCGUGGAAGAUCCUGUGCUAGGUGCUGGCGGCGGCGCAGCGCUGGAGGCUACUCGCUGGGCCGUGGCUCGCCUGACUGGGGCCAGGCAGCUACUCGCUCACUCGCUCGCCAACAGCACUCGCUUCUUCGGCCAGUUGCUGAUACCACAGACGUGCCGCUACAAGGGCAGCAAGUACGACUGCGGCCUGAGCAUCUCGUGCGUGCUGUCCGGGGGUCGACCCCUGGAUCUGUGCAGUGGAGGCAUGCUGUGGAGCUGCUGCGUGGACACAGACUCUGCGGAGGAAGACAGCGACCCCACUGCCGGCGCGGUCCACAACGCCACUAUUCAGUACCUGGUGCAGCACCAGCACCAUGACUACCAGUCCAGCUACGGCAGGCCGCACAUCUACUAUGCCUACCCGACUGACAACCACGUGCCAGGCCAGAGACCUCCUGGCCACUACAGCCCAGAGCCGGACAUCGUGUUCCUGAGGCCGGGACUUGACCACUAUCCCGGCUACCAGGACGGGCCGUUCCCAUACAGGCCAGGCCAUGGCGUCGGUGUGCAGGCGCCGACUCGGCCAGAGUUCGGCGGCAACAUCGACAUCCUGUCGAGCCACGGGCCGGACCACUAUCGCCCUGUGGUCGUCGUCAGACCUGGGGGGCAGCAGGAGCCCCUCGCCGCCCCUGGGUACCGCGGUUGUGGGGAACUCUACACGAGAAGUAAUCGUAUCGUCGGUGGCCACAGCUCUAACUUCGGAAGUCAUCCGUGGCAGGUGGCGCUCAUCAAGACCGGGUUCCUGUCCAAGAAGCUGUCUUGCGGAGGUGCUCUGCUCAGCAACCGCUGGAUUGUGACCGCCGCGCACUGCGUCGCCACGACCUCCAGCGGCAACCUGCGUGUGCGGCUGGGCGAGUGGGAUGUGCGCGAUCAGUCGGAGCGCCUUCACCACGAGGAAUAUGGUGUCGAGAGGAAGGAGGUGCACCCGCAGUACAGCCACAUGGACUUCAAGAACGACGUGGCGCUGGUGAAGCUGGACAGAUCAGUGUACUUCAAGCAGCACAUUAUCCCGGUGUGUCUACCCGACCCGCGCGUCAAGCUGGUGGGCAAGACGGCCACGGUGGCUGGCUGGGGCCGCACCCGCCACGGCAUGUCUACGGCACCCACAGUGCUGCAGGAGGUAGAUGUGGAGGUCAUCAGCAAUGACCGUUGCCAACGCUGGUUCCGCGCUGCUGGCCGCCGCGAGACCAUCCAUGAGGUGUUCCUGUGCGCUGGCUUCAAGGAGGGUGGCCGCGAUAGCUGUCAGGGUGACUCAGGAGGCCCGCUUACGACCACCAUAGACGGCAAGAGGGUGCUGAUCGGCCUGGUGUCGUGGGGCAUCGGCUGUGGUCGCGAGCACCUGCCUGGCGUCUACACCAACAUACAGAAGUUUGUGCCUUGGAUAUCUAAAGUGAUGGGCUGAUAUGCUGCUUAGGAUGAGUCACCAUGUUGUCACUAGCCACCCCACCAACUCGCUGCCAAUUUUCCUCUAUGGCAGUCAUUUCUGGAAUUCAACACCUGUUUGACAUCUACACCAACAUACAGAAGAUAGAAGUUCGUGCCAUGGAUAUCCAAGGUGAUGGGCUUAUAAGCUGCUGGGGAUAAAUAACCAUGUUGUCACUGGCCGCACCACCAACUCGCUGCCAAUUUGCCUCUAUGGCGGUCAUCUCUACCAUUCAACACCUGUUUGACAUCUACGCCAACACAGAAGACAGAAGUUUGUGUUAUGGAUAUCCAAGGUGAUGGGCUUAUACGCUGCUGAGUAUGUCACCAAUUUGUCAUUGGCUGCACCACCAACUCGCUGCCAAUUGGCCUCUAUGGCGGUCAUCUCUACCAUUUAUUUUUUCUGUUCUUUGCCGAUGCCAAAAGAAUUAAAUUUGGUUUAUAAAGAACAAUUGCCCAAAAUUAAAUCACAUAAUCUAUUUCCCGAAUAAUAAUUUAUAACAGAUGACAGGGUGUCGUAGUAGUUCUCUACCACAUUCAUCUAUAUUUUAGUCAAUUGUGUACGACUAAAAGACAAUCGAAGUCCAUAAGUUUUAAUGUUAUUUAUUUUACGAAUUUGCAAUACCAUUUUCUGUCUGACUAUAAAAUUAUCCAAGCCUUAAGACUAUCACAGACAUUUGUGUGAUAAUAUUACCAAUCCAGAAGAAAUGAGUUUUACAAUGCAAUCCUGGAUACCGACAGACUAACCUUGGUGUAAUUUUGUGAAAUGUGAUAAUAUUCAAGGAAGACAUAUAAUGUUCAUAUUUAUACAUUAUAAACGUUUAAUGCUCGUGUCACACCUAACAGUAUUUUUGCUUGUGCUGUUCUUUUUACGCUAUAAAAAGACUCUCGUAUUAGAGAAGCAAGCAUAGGGUAUUAAAGAUAAGAGAAAUGUUAAUCUUUAUUUGUUAAAAAUAUUUAUUGUUUUCAUGAAUAAUAUAUUAAGGUGUAUUACAUUGCCUUGAACAUUUAAUUUCUAAAUGUUUGUUUGAACUGUAAUCUUUAUAAGUAGUACCUAAAGUACGUAUUGUUUUUAUUGUCUGGUUAGUUUAAUCAAAGAUUUUUGCUAUAAACAUGACAUUUUGUGCAAAUAAUUAGUUCCUGGUUGUAUUUUAAAAAUGUAUGUGCAUUUUUAUUAUUUUAUAAUUUUUGGGGGGGUGAAAAUAAUUACAUGCUUAGGUUUUCCUAAUCUGGCUGUGAGCAAAACUGUUUCUAUGGUUAUCUGGCAGCAAACCCUAACUUAUGUUGCAAUAUACCUUGUGUAUGUGUCAAUGAAUGAUAUGAUAUACCAGUAUGAAAUAUUAAGUUCUGUAUAUAUCGUUGUAUCGAUAAAUAUUGUUUGUUCAAAAGCCACAAUUAUUAUGGGUUCCAAGCACGGUGUGGGUGUCAAAACCUGGGAAGGGCAAAGUGCUGUUACUAGUCCUACGCAGUUGGAAUUUAUGGGAGGGCACCAGGCCAGCUCUAUGUCUAACCAAAUGUGGGUUUUUCGGCACCAGAUUGUCAAUUGGCUGGAAAGCUCUAAGAAUAUAGAUAAUAACAGACGUGAUGCACAAUUCCUGGACAGCAUAAUGGGCUGAUUCCUAAUGACC